CUUUUCGUUUCAAUUCUUCCGGCUUUCGUUUCACUUCUUGUUUUUCUUCAACCGAUUCAACGUCAAGUUGGCGUUCAUUCUUCAAUCGAUCAUAGGCUCAAAAUAAAAAAAUUAUAAAUAAUUCCAAAAAAAUACCACCUCUCCUACUUUCAAGACCAAGAACAAGCUCGACUAUCUUCGAUUCAGUUCUAGUCAAAGGAUUUCAAUCCAAUUUUCUUCACCUACCUCACUACUUCGACUUCAUUGAUUUGCAUCUCAAGGCAGAGAGUCUUUUUCUCAAUCGAAAGACCUUCUCUUUUAUCAUCUCGGGAUCGCAAUAGCAACUUUGGUGCAGAGCAUCUUAUUCUUUUCGCAAAUUUUCACUACAAUUACCUUUGAAAGGUUAAUCAAAUCGCUGUAUAAUUCUCAAUCAAAGCCAAGUUUCUUUGACAUCAUGGCAUCUCGUGCACACCUUUUGGCCGGCCUUCGUACCGGCGGACCUCGUGCAUCAUCCCCAUCCGAGUCCAGUACUCGUUCUAAUUCUCCUCCUUCCAUCGGAAAUGGGGCAACAUUAAAAGCAAGCGCUGCUCCUUUCACUCCCGGCAGUCGUACACCAAGCAACAAUUAUGGUCAUGCAUUGGACAAUGUUCAUGAGAUUGAAAGUCAAUUUGCAGGCUUGCGUAUGCAACAAGUUGUAAACGGAGGUAGUCCUCCCAAUGCAGGUGGUCAAUCGCCAGGCGCAUUGGCAAGCAUGUAUGGCGCCACAAACGGUCAGCCAAACGCUGCAGAUGCUAAUAUGGCUUACGAACAAUCUGUGUUUGACAUUGAAGCAUUAAUUCGACAAAAGCAAGCUCAGAUUAUGCAACAUCAACUCAAUCAACAACGUCAAAACCAAUUGGAAUUCCUUCGUCAACAAUUGGCUGAACAGCAACAACGUUUGAUCUUGACGCAAAUGCAAGCUGAGUUGGAGUUGCAAGCUCAACAACAACAACAACAGCAGCAACAACAACAGCAGCAACGUCAACGUAAAGCUCAACAAAUGUUUGCUCAGCUCUCACAACAACCACAAGUGAAUGCUGCGCCUCGUGUUGCUUCUAGAGCACGUACAUUCUCUGCUCAACAAGCCGGUAAUGGCUUGCAAGCAAGUCGUCAACCACGUGGACCGCCAACGGAAUUCCAUUCUGUCAAUUUUGCCAGUAGAAUUUCUAGUCGAACACGCAAGGAAGCCAUGUCCAAAUUGUGUGCAAGUCCAAGAGCUGCCAGUUUCAACUUUAAUGGCGCUCGUACAUCUACCGUUGCCGCUUGAUUGAUGGUAAUACCUGACUUCUUCUUUCUUUUUCUUUCGAAUCGCUAUAAUCAUAUUACAACACAAUGUUUUCUUCUUUCUUCUCAGUAGUCUGUCUAACCUUCUUUUUCUUUCCUCAUAUCGAAACUGUAUCUACAACACAUACUCAUACCAACAAGCGCGCAGAGAUCGCAGGCAAUCUAUUCAAUCCUUGAUAUGAUA